CACGUGAUGCCCCGCCCCGCGGACGGCCGUUGGUGACCGUUGGUGCGCGCGCGCGCGCCGCGGCGCUGCCUCCCUGUCGCCCAGCCGGCGGCGCUGCUGGCACGGCUGCUCACGUGGGUGGCUGCCGCGGCGGUGACUGUGUCGCUAUUGCCUGGGAUGGUGGCGGUUUGGGCUCUCUUCAUGAGCCUCGCCCAAAAGCCCGCGUCGGGCGAGCGGCCUCGUUGCCUGUGGCAGAGGGCGGCGUUCCCGCCACGAAGGAGCGUGCUUUGUGUCGUGUAGGCGGGCCGUGCACUGAGGAGCUGGUGGCGAGGACAGGCCCAGGAAGAAUCUCCUGGCUGCUGUUGAUAAUGCAAUCUGUUUGACAGGAAGGUUCAACAUUUGAAGAUUACUUGGAAAUUUUCUAUUUCUGAACUUAAGGGGAAGACCUGUGUAGACCAUUCAGCUUAACUGCACUGGUCAUAUAUCUAACAUACGCCACAAAACUUCUUCAGUUUAUUUGGAUUUGAAUUACUCUGAAUACAAUGGGGGGAAGCGACUGGUGUGAGUACGCCAAUCGUGAAAGUCCCGGAUGAACAUCCAGCAUGUCCAUGCUGCGGUGUCAAGAUGGGAAGAAUGGCGGCACUAACUGACCAUCUUCGAAGAGCCCACGGUCGGCGAUGAAUUCUGUUCGCGUGCUCCCGAUGUGGGAGAAUGAAUGAGAAACAUCAUAGUAUAGCCUGCCACUUCCCAAGAUGCCAGGGGGCUCCAGUUGAACGUGAAGAGGAAGGCCCUGGUGGCCCCAGUGGCUUCAUGUGUGAAGAAUGCAACCGAGAGUUUAAGACCAAAAGCGGCCUCUCUCAGCACAAAAGGCUUGUGCACCCACUGCUCAGGAAUAAGGAAAGGAUUGAAGCGUCUCGUCCGAAGGGAAAAGAAAUUCGAGGUAUGCAUAAGAGCUGUUGGACGGAAGAGGAGACGGUUCUACUGAUAGAGUUGGAGAAGAAGUAUAAGAACGAACGCUUUGUGAAUAAGCUGAUCGGAGAGCAUUUGCCCACGAAAACGGCGAAGCAGAUCAGCGAUAAGAGACGCCAGCUUGCAGCAGGUGCUAAGACAUCAGCAUCGCCAAGGAAAGCAGAACAUCGGCGUGAAGGGGACGAACCGGUUGAGAAGGAAAGGAUUGAAGUGAUAAAGACAGAAUACAGGAAGAUUACUGCAGAGAGAAUACGAGCUGGAACCCUCUCCCCCAGUCUGAAGAUCGCUUUUGAGGAGGUCCUGGAGGGUACCAAAGACACCCAGAAGGUCAUCAAAGGAUCAACGGAGGAAUGGCUGGCACAGCUGGCGGGACAUGCCGUAGUAGCCAAAUUGAAACAACUGAGAAAGCACCAGGCUGGACCUGUGCCCAAGAGGGUGGAGAGAAAGUGGAUGAAGAUCAGGGCGGUGAAGCGGGGCCAAUACCUGAGAUACCAGCGGCUCUUCGAGAUGGAUCGUAAGAAGCUUGCUGGUAUCAUUUUGGAUAACAUCGAAGCACUUAAGUGCCCCCUUCCAAUGGAUGAACUUUAUAAUUCAUUCAGAAAGAAGUGGGAAGAAGGUGGCCCCUUUCAGUCUGGGUGCGUUCCACAGUGCGGGGGCAGCGAAUAA